UUAGUGUUCUCUUCAUCAUCAACAUCAUCAUCAAGAACAUCUUCAUCAUCCACUUCUUCGUACCUUCUAUCGCCUUGGUCUUUGACACAUUCAUUGUUGAGGUGUCCAAGCACCAGCGAGGAGAAGGGCUAAGAGGAACAAAAACCAAUGCCUUUUUGAAGGGGAUGGCUCCUGAUCAUUACCACUACCAACACAAGCAAAUUCAGUGCAGAUUGCUGCAACUUGCGGCUAAACUGGAUGCAUGUUGCAACGCUUCCGAGACAUUAAUAAGAAGAAGCUCAACAAGAAAGCAACAGCUACUAUGAUCGCUACGAAGGUUUCUACUGGAGUUCUUCAUCUUAAGGCUAGAGGCUCCCCUGACUAAGACUUUAUUACUAUUACGACUAUUUCUUAUAAGACGUAUGGGACUGGAACAGAAAGUCUGCAGACUCCCACGUUUGUGCUGAAACCAGUCAAGAGAAAUGAUGAGAAGAAAUAAGUGAUUUUUUUAAGGAAAGCAAACUCGCGUGAUUACUAUGUCCAGACAUAUUUUGUGUUCUACCAAAUCAUCGAAUGAGAUGUCGGGCAAGGACACGAGUCAAUUAUUUGGAGAUGGAUUCACCAGACUCUGACUUACCCCUCCCCUUCCACCCUUAUUUUCAAUCCGAUGAAGGCAUCUUUCGCUUCGUUUCUUUUGGUUCAAACGGACGAAGUAUAUGGGGUUGUGGACGAUCGAUGAAAGCUAUUGAGAUCGACUUGCUUGCCCUGCAGAGACCAAGAACUCAUGAAAAAUGAAAUCCAUUUGUUAUUGGCCAAUACAAUUCAUGAGCCUGCCCAACAAUAUGCGAUUGAGAGGAGAUUUGUCAACCAAUGACAAAUUACUUGGCGGAGCAUUUCAACCAGUGAAUGAGUUUUGUAAGCAAAUAUGAUGUGGUUUUGAUCAUCAAAUAAUUAAAAUUCUCGACUCCGACGAUCCUUCGCGGCCUCAGAACGACCGACAACUGUCAAUUGUAUUCGGUCAUCUCUGUUAAACGGAUUGUUUUUUGCUCCUACGCUCAAUCAUGAAGAUCAAUUGGCGAACCAUCAACGGCUUGUUAUGACGAACACCAUUCCUCCCUCUCUCCCACAAAAAGACCCAAUGUGAACAGACUUGAAAACGGACCACUUCAACUACUUCCACCACGAAAAUAGCAUCAGCGAUAGCAGAAUUCUUAUUUGACCUAUGGACAAGAGCAGCACUUGAGCAAGUCAAUCGCCAACAAUCGAGAUAAAGAUGCUCCUACCGAGCAGUUAUUGCUCUUUUCUACUGAUACUCUUGCGAAUGUUCUCUUCAUUAUAUGGAUCAAUUGCUACAUCAACGACAGCAUUAACAACGUAUCAUCAGACCUCUCAGUAAACAAUGGCAAGAAUAACUAAUGUUGUUGUUCCUUCUACAAGAAUACUGAUCCUGGGUCUGCUUGCCGUUGUUGUUGAUUCCAGCCUUGUUCAUAGCGUGCAUCUGGAAUAUCCAAGUUUGAAUCGGAACUCUGGUCAAAAUCGUCGUCCUCAUUGAUCCUCUUCAUUAAUCAUUCACUUCUUUCGCAACUGCAAAGCUCUUGCAUUUAUCUCAAGAUCGAUUUACCCAUCCGAAGGUCUCGCAUUCGCCUAGGACAAAAAACAAAAUGCUUUGUGUUAAUGCCUCAUCAAAAAAAAUUGUUACAGUUGCCCCGCCCUUAUCCUCCUCAUCAAUCGACCAUUCCCCCAGAGCCCCUUUCCUUUGCCUUCGCUCUUCCUUGGAACACAAGAUCCCAAGAUAAAAUUGACCCAUUUGGAAUAUCUUACUAGAACCACCUUUGAUCCCACAUCUCAUUCAGAUUUUUAAUUGCAAUGGCUAAUUCCUGUUUUUCGUGUCUAUUUACCCUAAUAUUUCGUGAAAAGUCCUUUUUUCGUUGAAGAAGCCAACAAGAAGUGUGUAUUCAUUAUCAUCCGUAGCUAUGCGGAGAAGAACUUUAUUUAUUUAUUUCGACCCCGGUCCUUGUGGUCGAGUUCUUUAAUAAAUCUUAAAUUCGAAUUUCAACGUUUGAUUUGCAAUGCCGUAGUUCCCUCUCCAGCAAGCUCAGAACUAGUCAUUCAACCACAAUCACCAAUGCCACUUCCCAUUCAAAUGGUAGAAGUUUGACAAGAUGGAUUUCAAAGCCAGGAUUGGUCCCAGUAAUAAAAAACUGUGGGGAACAAUGAGUGGUCAUGCUACUAUUACUAACGCUUCACCCACUGUUAAAGAUACUACUGUUCUGUUAUUAUCCCCACCACCGCUACUUCGACUUUGACUUCUACGAUUAUGAUUUUAUCAUCAUUGCUAUCUUUAUUAUCAUUAUUACUGCUACUGCUACCACCACCCAUGUCAAUGUUGCAGCUACUCUUUUCUUGUAGUCCAUUUUUGUGGGUAUUUCCUUCUAGUAUUUAAGUCGUCUACGAACUUAUUUCAUACUUGACCCGCUCGUUCUUCACCCCAUGGCGAACAUCUUUGUUUUCAUUCUCUGCAGAAAAAGCACAUACCCGUUGCCUAUUGCUUCUAUAUUACCAUCGUUCUUAUGUUUAAUUGCGCUUUUGUUUUCAAAGUCCCGCCCACUGAUUGUUUGAUGCUGUUAUUGCCACUCUAAUUUGAAUGAGAUUUGCCAAUGGUUGGAGGUGGGCGCCGUAAGAAUCCUCCUCCUCCUCCCCUACUCACCUACUCCUCAAAUCCUCUUUUGCUCCCUCAAACUUUCCGCCCUCCCUCUGAAAUUCAUUCUUAUCUUGGACUGGAGAUCAGUCCUCCCGCAAAAACGUCAAAAUUUGUCAACUUGAGGAGCCAACAUACAACCCCCCCCCGCCCCCUUCUUCCCCCUCCAUUCUAUUCUAACCUAUCCAUCUCCAUUUCCUAAUCGACCUUGUCCCGCCCAGUCCCGCCUCCCCUUUCUCUCCAGUUGCAUUCAAGUUUUCCCGCGCGAUUUCGCCCCCUACCCUUCAAUCGCUCUAUCUCGCUCUAUCUCUCUAUCUCUCUCUGUCUCUGUCGAUGGAGAAUAUCCAUAUUUCUCUGAAGCUGCCUAACUGAAUAAUUGCGCGGGAAAAUUUCGAGAUAUUUGAAGACGGACGUCCUAAAGAGACUUGAUCCAAGAGUCCCCACUGACCCGCAUUCAAAUUAACUAAAAAAGUCAUUUUACACAACAAUCAAAAUACGUUUUCGCAUCCACCAUCAAAUCACACCUUCAAAGAAGAUCAAGCUUCGACUACAUCCAUUAUGAAUUGAGUACGACAACCCACAGCCGUGUUCGUACGAAAGCCGAUUUCAAUCUUGACCAACCCGUGAGUGAUCCACUAGCCGGGGGCCCGCCGACCCCAUCCACCGUCUGUAGCCCGCUCACUCCCUCCCUCUCUACUGGCGGCACGCAAAGCCGAAUGCAUGAUUUUUUUUCAUUAAGCUUGAUCCAUUUCUUUCUGUGCCAUACUUUCCGUUUAAAAAUGCAUUUCUUUAAUGACAAAAGCAAUCGACAUAAUCACAUUUUCAUGGCGAAAAACCACAGGGAGACGGACGAUGGCCGGAUGACGACGGCGACGGUGCUGAUGGCGGUGGUGGGUGUGGCGGGAGCAUCCAUGGCCACGGGAUUUGGGGGUCACCAUUGAAAGACGCUUAUUUGCCGAGGCUUAUACAUGAAAUGAACUUUAACAAGCCACCAACAUCUUGCGGGAAAUCGAGUUGCACUGCAAAACAUGAUAACAGUCCAUUAAAAUGUGAAACUGCGUGAAUGUGAAAGAAAGAAUAUGGUUAUAUAUUGUGCAAAUUUAAAAUUAAAUAAAUGAAAAAAAAAACGUCGUAAACUAGAUAGUACAUAAUCAUCGCUCGGAAUCUCCAAAUGAAGGUCAGCACCCUUAUUGCUCACAAUACAAGUUUGCGGGCAAAACAUUGAGUAAGUCUUCUUAACAUAGUGGUGCUUGCCAUUUAGGGGGAAGAUGUCUUCUACUCUUUCGAUUCUCCCCUGGCACAUGUGCCGCCCCAGAACGUGGAGUUUUGCAACUCAAUCUGGUCAAGUAUUUUUAUGGGGAUUGUUUAUAUUUGGCAAAAGAAAUCUCAGUUGGGUCGGGCUCAUGCACCAAACCUUGCCAAACAAAAAGUGACCUCGUCAAAGGAAGAAAAAGACACAUCAAGAUGCUUUUUGAGCCCAGCCUUAGUCGAUGUUGUAAGAGUGCUGGAAGAGCUGAAGUAGAACAAUAGAAUAUGACCCAAAACGUGUUCGUUAGUGUGGUUUAUGCCACGUCUUUUGUGUGUUCAUGCAUCAGUAUUGAAUCUUUUUCUCAUCUCAGUGUGAAUUUUAAUUGUGCCCAAGGAAAAAGUUGUGUCGAGAUUCAAUUCUUGGACGAUCCGGGUCCUGCUCCACUUACCAUAGAAACCGAGAUUUCAAACGUUUUAGUCAAUGAUGAAUGGGUCAGUUUUUUCUGGGGAAGACAUGAGCAGGCCAAUGUUUCUGUUUUGGGCAUCGUCGAUAUGGAUGACUUUUCCAAUAAUCGAUCCCAUGGACUACUUCGAACGAGCUCCAACUUUUGGAAGUGGUCCAAGACGACAGACGAAAAGACUACCAACAAAACCACUCCAAAGGUUUACUUCUCAUCUUUGGAAAUUGAUCAUUGGGCGAAAAAGCCACGAUCUCGAACCAAGCGAGGUAGUGAAAACAUGCCUUCGUCUUGGGUAGUAGAAAUCCUGGUAGUUGCCGAUGAUACCAUGAGUGAGCAUUAUGAAGAGGAACAAGAUCUAACCCUGUACAUCUUGACUGUGAUGAAUACUGUGAACCGUGUUUUUCAAGAUGGUACCCUGGGGCAAUCGUUUUCAAUUUCUGUUUCGAGGGUGAUCAAAUUGACUCCUGAGCAUAAUCUUGGCCUCCAAGUCAGUGGCCAUGCGAGUCAAGCCUUGGAUGACUUUUGCCUUUGGCAAGAGAAACAAUUUCCCUCCACAUUCCAAGAUGAGGCCGGCAUCGCUAAUUCGACCAGCCCUAAGAUCAACAAGCGCCAUGAUCUGGCCAUCUUGCUGACUAAACGAGAACUUUGCCGAUCCGAAGAGCAAUAUACGUCAGACGAAAAGGAGAGUGAUGGCAGAAUAGCCAAGAAGAAGGAAUCAUGUUCCACGCUUGGAUUAGCUGAAUUGGGCUCCAUUUGUAAGAAGGGCAAGUCUUGCACCAUCAAUCAAGAUAACGGCUUAACUGUGGCUCAUACCAUCGCUCAUGAGAUUGCACAUACCCUUGGGAUUCCACAUGAUGAUCCAGAUGAUCCCAAUUGCGUGGAAAUAUCCGGGCAUUUCGUCAUGUCGCCACGCUUAGAGACCGAUAUUCGCAGGUUAAGCUGGUCUGAAUGCUCUAGAGCAAGUCUGUCCACGUUUUUGUCCCGCGGCGAUGUGGAAUGUCUUCGAGAGCAAACCAAUGAUCAGAUGCGAUCCAUUCUUGACCCCACGCCUACUGGUACACUCUAUGAUGUAGAUCAUCAAUGCCGACUCAAAUUUGGAAAGUCUGAUGCUGCCAUGUGCCCCCUUUUUAAGGACAGUGAGGACUUUUGCUCCAUAUUAUGGUGUGAAGUUGGCAAGAAAUGUCGGACCUUGGGCGAUCCCCCGGCUGAAGGAACCAUUUGUGGACCUCACAAAUGGUGCCAAUUGGGUGCUUGUGUGGGUAUGGAUGAUCAUUACAAUCCAAAAAUACACGGUCAAUGGGGGCACUGGAGUGAAUGGGGGCAUUGCUCCAGGCAUUGUGGAGCCGGAUUCGAAGUGAGCACUCGCGUGUGCAACAACCCGCAACCAGAAAAUGGUGGCAAGUAUUGCCUUGGCGAUCACGAGCGGAAACGAGUUUGUCUGAGUGGACGUCCAUGUCACAAAGGGCUUAUGGAGGACUUGGAUGAGCAAUGUAUGCGAGGGAGACGAAGAGAAGGUGUUGUGACACCCAGGAGAGCCCUUCGGAAUCCCAAGAAUUUGUGCCACAUACAAUGUGCGGAGAUGAACUCUAAAGGUAGUGUGGAUCCCCCGUAUAGUUUCAUCUAUGCGGAAAAUGGAACACCGUGUGGUCGUGAAAUGGGCUCUCUCGAUAUGUGCUUGGAUGGGAAAUGUUCCAAAAUUGGUUGCGACCUGGUUCUGAAUUCUCAGAGCGUUUUAGAUUCUUGUGGUAGUUGUAAUGGGAAUGGAACACAAUGUCGGAGAUUCAACGGAAUCCACGAGGACGCUCCUGAUGCCGAGAUUUCCCAAGGAUAUGAAUAUGUUACGACCAUUCCUUCCCAUGCUAAAUUGAUCCACCUCCAAGAACGUGGGAUAUCGUCGAAUUUCGUAGCUCUCAUUGACACGGACAACAAUUUUCCAAUAUUGAAUUGGAACUAUCAGGUUCAAUGGUCCGGACUGUACACUUUUGGAGCGUUCUCCGUUAACUAUACCCGAACGUCUCUCAACGCAACUCAUCACUCAGAGCAAUUUGUGUCCAUUUACGAGGAGAUCUCAAGUCCAAUUGACGUGUAUCUUUUGAGACAAGCCGAUAAUCCGGGCCUCCAUUGGGGCUAUGUCCUUGGAUUUGAAAGCGACUCCCUAUCACUGACCCCGGUACUGGAAUGGAAAAUGGGCCCUUGGGGGCCAUGUGACCGCACUUGUGGGAGAGGAAAUCAGGCGUCUGGGCCAGAAUGCUUCGAAAAUAAUCGAUCGGUAUCAAAUGAUCUUUGUCAAAGUCUGAAUAGACCUCCUGUUUUACUACGAGCUUGUUCGGUUCAACCUUGCCCACCAUCGUGGUGGAUCGGACCUUGGCAAGAUUGUGUUUCUCUAAGUUGCGAGAUGAACAAAGGUAGUCAAUAUCGAAGUGUCUUAUGUGUGCAAGGAGCCGAGGAAGCCCUCCCAGAUGAUGCUUGUCUAUCCGUAACGAAGCCCAUUGAUAGCCAGGUGUGCACACUCAAUUGCACGGAAAUGAGAAAUGACAAAACGAACAAUGGCAAUCAUCAAGUCCAACCGAACAAAAAGGACCCAUUGGAAUCCAAUAUUAUCUUUCUGCCCUCCUUUGCAUCGUCUAAUUCCACAAAUAUGACAUUCCAAAAUGAAUAUUCAGUCACCGAGGACGUAGGAUCAUCGCUCUCAGUCGGAACGUCUGAUCAAGCAAUGCAAGAUUCUCGAUGGGUGGUAGGCGAAUGGGUUGGAUUUUGUUCUUGCAGAUCCAGUCUACAGAUUCGGGAGGUGUCCUGUCCUCCCGGAAUGGACUGCAAUACCCUUAAGAGACCUUCAACAUACAAGUUUUGUUCCCAAGUCUCUCUUUGUUUAACCUGGAUCACGUCAGCUUGGACCACGGAUUGUGACCAACAGUGUGGUACCAUGAGCCAAAGCCGACUCGUCAUGUGUCCAAUUUUCUCUCAUACGUGUGAUCCUAAGAUCCGACCCCUCGCCACGCGAGAUUGUCAGUUGCCAGCUUGUCACUUCUGGAGCGUUGGAACGUGGUCCCAAUGUAGCGUCUCGUGUGGCUGGGGUAAAAAGCAACGAACCGUGGUUUGCCGCCAUUUCCUAACUCAAGAGGAGGACGAGAAUGGAUGCUCGAAUGUGCCUCAACCUGACACGUGGAAAGAAUGCAUUUCUUCGUCGUGUGGAACAGAUCAGUACCCUCAAGGGUCGCUUAAUGGGGACCAAGGAUUUCCAUGCGAAGAUGAGUUGGGCAGCCAUAUUUGUCGACGUUUUCAAUUUUUGUGCAAAACCAACCGUUACUAUCAAGAUAAAUGUUGUCAAACAUGUGGUUAGAAUAUGAAAAUACGAAGAAUAAGCAAAAUGGCUUGGUGUAUAAUUGGAUAAAUGCGUUUAUUCACAAUACGCACGUGGUAAAUAACAUUUCAAUACGUUUAGUAGUACUGGUAGCAACACAUGAAUGGGAUCAGACAAGAGGAUUUCAAGGCUUCCGGUAACGAUAACUUAUCCAAUUGUACGAAUUCCUAUUGAAGACUUCAUGGUUGGGUUCGAAGUCUAGGGCACUGAUGGAAUUGGACCAUGCAUAAACAAGUUGUAUCAUUGCCAAGAUGAUAAUGCAGGGACCCACAAGGAUGUUAAUAUCAAUGUUAUAAAUGCAAAAUCCGGCA